UCUACCCCAGGGUAGGGGUAAGGUCUGCGUACACACUACCCUCCCCAGACCCCACUAGUGUAAUUAUACUGGGUUGUUGUUGUUGUUGUUGUAUUGGGACAGCUGAAACUUUCAAACUACAAGCCUCAACACUGAUUGAAAGACACAGCCCCUUUCAGAGUCCUGAACGUUUUGAUAAAGAAUAUGAUCAGAGUGCAGGAUGGAUGCCAAAUAUGGAUUCCUGACGGUCAAAGGACUGGAAGACAUGUUUAUACCCAUGUUGAGAAACUGCAAGAGCACGGGUUUUAUGAAGAAAAUACAUGCCCAAAUCGUCAAGUUUUCCCUUUCACAGAGUAAUUACUUGGUGACCAAAAUGAUUGAGAUUUGUGACAAAUUGGGAGAAGUAGACUAUGCCAGUUUGCUGUUCAAACAAGUUGAGGAGCCAAACAACUAUUUGUACAAUUGUAUGAUCAGAGCCUAUACAAACAGACAGAGGUAUGUGCCAUGUAUCAAUAUCUAUAAGCAAAUGAUGGAACAAACCCAGAGUGACGAAACAACUAUUUCUCCUGAUGAAUAUACAUACCCAUUUGUUAUUAGGUCAUGUGGGGGGCUUUUGUGUGUUAAUCUAGGUAAACAAUUCCAUGGGCAGGUGUGUAAAUUUGGGUUGAAGUCUAGUAGUGUGAUAGAGAAUUCUUUAUUGGAUAUGUAUGUGAAGUGUGAUCAAAUGAGUUACGCGCAUAAAUUAUUCGAGGAAAUGAGCGAGAGAGAUGUGAUUUCUUGGAACAGUCUCAUUUCCGGGCAUAUAAAGUUGCGUCAAGUGAGAAAGGCAAGAGCUUUAUUUGAAGAGAUGCCAAACAAGACUGUUGUUUCUUGGACUGCUAUGAUUGCAGGAUACACAAAAACUGGCUGCUAUGGAGAUGCCUUGGAUGUUUUUAGGAGAAUGCAAAUGGUAGGGAUGAAACCUGACUGGAUUAGUCUGGUUGCUGUUUUGCCUGCUUGUGCACAACUUGGAGCUCUUGAGUUAGGAAAAUGGAUUCAUUUCUAUGCAGAAAAGUAUGGAUAUUUGAGGAAGACUUCUGUUUGCAACGCACUAAUGGAAAUGUAUGCGAAAUGUGGAAGUGUAAACCAAGCUUGGCAGUUGUUCAAUGAGAUGUCUGAAAGAGAUGUGAUCUCCUGGAGUACAAUGAUUGGAGGCCUAGCAAACCAUGGUAGAGCUCAUGAGGCACUGAAGUUGUUUCAUGAAAUGCAGAGGUCCGUCGUUGAACCAAAUGAGAUCACUUUUGUUGGUCUUCUAUGUGCCUGCGCGCAUGCUGGUCUGGUGAAGGAUGGUUUGAGGUACUUUGAUUCCAUGAAAAAUGAUUAUAACAUAGAGCCACGGAUAGAGCAUUAUGGUUGUCUGGUUGAUCUUCUUGGGCGUACAGGACGUCUUGAACGAGCUCUUGCACUCAUCAAAAGCAUGCCAGUGAAGCCUGACUCUGCUAUAUGGGGUUCUCUAUUGAGUUCUUGUCGAACUCAUCGCAAUCUUGAAAUUGCAGUCAUUGCAAUGGAACAUCUGUUAGAGCUUGAACCUGAAGAUACAGGCAACUACAUUCUACUCGCUAAUAUUUAUGCAGAUCUUGGAAAGUGGGAUGGUGUAUCAAGGAUGAGGAAAUUCAUAAGAAGUAAAUGCAUGAAGAAAACACCAGGCUGCAGUCUAAUUGAGGUAAACAGUGUGGUUCAAGAAUUUCUAUCAGGUGAUGACUCAAAACCAUUCUCAAAAGAUAUCCAUCAGGUGCUAGAGCUAUUGGCCUUCCAUCAAAGCAAAGAAAAUGAUCUAGUUGAUAUAACACUUGAGUACUUGAGUCCUUGAACUUAUACUUCAAAGCACUUCAGCGAGAUGUCUUUUUAACACCGAUGAGAAGUGGUCACUUUUGCGUAUGUCCUUUUCGAUUCAAGGUUUUUGGUAUAGUUUAUACCACAUUCUUUAGCGCCCGGAAGUCCCAUGACGAAUCAUAAUACAAGCAAUCUCCAAUAACACAGAGCUAGAAACCCUAAUUUGACACCAUGACUUUGUAUGAGCCAAUCAGUCGUCUAGCAUUUCAUCCUUGCAGAGUCUUGUAGCUGCUUGGAACACUGCCAAAGUUGAACCAGGUUCCAUUGUUUCUAUCUUUUGCUUAGGCACGCAAAGUUCAACCAGGUUCCAUUGUUGAACUAGGUUCCACUGCAAAAAUUGAACCUGGCUCCAUCGCUGUUGAAGAGGAUGCAAAGCUGCUGGUGUCCUCGUGAAUUAUUGGGAUUGAUAUUGACGCUGAGAAACAUGGUACAAGUAGAGUUUUGUAUUCCUUUGUCUGGGAUAAUGAAUAGUAUUUGUUCAUAUCCUAUAUCAACUGUGACCAAAGUUGAGCUUGGAUCCCAUUGUAGCUUGCUAGAGAGAAGUCAAAUCAAGUUCUACAUAGAAGUUGCAAAGUCAUGCUUAAUGUUAGUGUGAGUAUGUAUUUAUGUGUUCUAGAGAGAAGUCAAAUUAAGUUUGACACACCUUAUUAAAAAAAGUUCUACAUUGAAGUUGCGAAGGUAUCUAGAUGUGUCUUUAUGGGUUCA